AUGUUUUCACUUACUUCGCUAUCUAAUGGUGGUGGGCAUUCAGAGCAAAGGGAGAGAGAGAAGAUAACGUAUUUCGAUAUACGAAUAGACUCCCCGUAUAAGGACAUAAUCUUGAUCCAAGGAUCACCAUUGGAGCUGUCGUCUAUUCCAUUGUCAGGUAACCUGGCGAUUUCGGUGAAGAAUGAACUCGUGGUGAAAAGGAUAUCGCUUAGGCUAGUGGGGAGGUUCAAAUUAGAAUUCUUACAAGUGGGGCGAUAUAAGAAGAACAGCAGUAGUUUAGCGAGCUUGGUGAAGGAGAAACGGAAAAUAUUUGAAUGCUAUUGGGAUAACCUAUUGGUUUCUUCGCAGGGGGACGUUCUGGUCGGUGGGGACCAGACAGAGAACCAACAUGGUGGUAGCGGCAGCAGCGGCAGUGGUAACACCAGCGGCCAAGAUGUGGACACUAGUGGCAAUGCAAUGUUUCUAAGCAAGAGGUCGUUAUCGAGCCCUGUUUUCAACAAAAUAAUACGCAGAAAGACACAUUCUUCGCACAGGAAAAUACUAGAAUUACCAGAGAACGGUGUCACGGGGACACCAUUCGAAGGUUUAAAGGAAGACGGCCGCAGUAGAAGUAGCAGUAACAGCACCUAUAACCAUUCCGGUAAAGACGGAUCCAGAGGUUCCUAUUUGUUUCUCAUGAAGAGAGGCAAUUACGAACUACCAUUCAAUACGAUGCUCCCCCCAGAAGUGUGCGAAACAAUCGAGGGGCUGCAAAGCGGCAGUAUACUGUAUUCGUUCGAGGCAGUGAUAGAUGGGCGCCAGCUAUGGGAUAGCGAUCUAACCAUUCAUACUUCCUCCAACCCCACGGGCAGCGGCACGAACACCAGCGGGAACGGCGUAAGAACGAAAAAUAAAAUCGCUAUCAAAAAGUUCAAAUAUCUUAGGAUUCUUCGAACACUAUCGAUGGAUAACUUGGCCAUGCAAGAAGAAAUUAGCGUGGGAGACACUUGGCGUGACAAGUUGCAGUACGAAACGUCCAUUCCGAGCAGGGCCGUCCCCAUAGGCAGUGCGACCCCCGUUAAGAUUAAGAUUUUCCCCUUCGAGAAGAACAUCCGCUUGGAUAGAAUUGAAAUGGCGCUAAUCCAGUAUUACGCAAUGAAAGAUAGCAGCGCACAAAUCUACGACGAUGAAAUAGCCGUGAUGAAAACUGUCCAACUUGCGGACUUCGGCCCGCUCACGGACAAACUUGACGUAGACUGUCCCUUUACAAUCCCGGACAAUCUGAAACAGAUUACUCAAGACUGUUGUGUGCACGACAAUCUGAUCCGUGUCAUGCACAAACUGCAGGUCCGCAUACUUUUGCAGCGCCAAGUGGACGGCGAGUACAAGAACCUAGAGAUUAAAGCGCAAUUGCCCGUGCUAUUAUUCAUUUCGCCGCACCUGCCUAUGCAGGGCCGCUUAGUUCUAUUCGACAAACACGACGGCAAGAUCCACUUCCGCCCUGGCGAGCUAGUACCCCUUUUUGCAACUGCUUACCCCACGCAGGGCCUGACUCCAGGCCCUGCGCUGGAUUCCACGGUAACGGCGCAGCUCGCGCUGCCCCAGCCGCCUCCCAACUAUCAUGAGAGCACUAACGAUCACCUUGUGCCGGCGCUACAGCCGCUCGGCGCCGAUUCGGCCGCCCUGGCAGUACCGUCGUACGAGCAGGCGCAGGCCUCCAGGUCGUCGAGCGCGACAGGGUCCGUACCCGCUUACCGAGAUGAUGACUGA